CGCCUGAACAGAGAUUAAUCUCAAGACAAGAAGACUCAAGUCUAAACAGGAGAAACAUGCUGUGCUCUCAUGGAUUCCCGUCUGCCCUCAGUCCAUUCAUGGACUUCUCCUGGCCUGUACGCAGUCUGUGGCCAGAGGUCAGGCCUCUGUUCUACCAGCAGGAUCUCCUGCAAAGAAACCUACAAGAGCUGCGCAGCAGUCUUCAGCUGAUGGAGAAACUUCAAAGCCAGAUCCUGGAUGACACAGAGCCUUUGAGGAGCAGUGUGGCUCUGCAGCCAGUCUCCUACCAGCUGGACAAAGAGGGAGAGCACUUUGGCCUAACCCUGGACACUCAAGGCUUUGCUCCAGAAGAGCUGUCAGUCAGGCAGGUGGGCAGGAAGCUGAGAGUCAGCGGCAAGACAGAGAAGAAACAAGAGGACGGCAAAGGCUCCUACUCUUACAGACUGCAGGAGUUCAGACAGGAGUUUGAUCUGCCUGAAGGGGUGAACCAUCAAGACGUCAGCUGCAGCCUUUCUCCAGAUGGAAAGCUCCACAUCCAGGCAGCCAAAGUUGCUGGUGGUGAGGCGGCUGAGAGAGAGCUGACUAUCAAGAGGAGCUCAGAGGAGGAAACACAUCAGAGUGUGUGUUCACAAGCAGAAGACAGCCGAGCAGAGACAGACAACAGAUCAUAGAAGCGACCUGCAAACAUGGACUCAUAUACAUGUUCAUAUGCCAGUGGGAGGAUUUUUUUCUUUGUGACAGUGGUUGUGAGUAAGAAUUGUAAUUUUGUACAUUAAUGUAUUUGUAUAUGGAAAUAUUUGUAAAAUAAAGGGAUAAUAGAAAGUGAGUUGUUCUUCAUGUGCUUUUAUUCUGUCAGUUGUUCCACCAUCAGGUUUGUUCUAGCCUUAUAACAAAAUAUUU